GGCAUUUAAAGGAAAUCUAGUGAUCACCAUUUUCUUCUGUUUUGGUUUUAUUGCUCAAUUCUUUUCUGUCAAGUUUUAAUUAAAGUGUGGGUCAAGAUGGAGGAAGAACAAUGGACAUUUCUUGAUACUAAUGUGACAAUUGUGAAUCGAAAAAAAUCUUAUCAAAUUCCAAAACAAAAGUUAUCAUCGAUUCCUUACUUCAUGAAAUUAUUUUCCGAUUCUAAUUGUGACACAACCAAAAUAGAACUUGAUCUUGAUGAAAGCUCAUUUGAUAAUAUUGUUGAUUUUAUUCUAAACGGCCAUCUAUCAAUUUCCAUGGAAAGUGCACUAUCAAUGAUGGAACUUGUUAAUUAUCUUGGAAUGGACGAAAUUAAACAGAAAUAUUAUGAUUUCUAUCGAUCAAAUUUUAAUAUCGGAAUAUUGGAAGACUAUUUAGUCUUUUAUGAGAAACAUAAUUUGCCCAGAAUGUUUGAUGAAGAAAAGCUCAAUUCUUUCAUUGGAAAAUAUUUUCUUCCAAUUUCCAACACAAGAGCAUUUCUAAAAUUUUCCGUUUCUCUAUUAGAACGCAUAUUGAAACUAAAGUUAGUUGUUUCUUAUGAAUAUCAAAUAGUUGAAGCUAUUGAUCGAUGGAUUAAAUUCAAUGAAGAAGAUCGAAAACAAUAUCUAUCGAAGCUCAUUGAGCUCGUCAAUUUUUGUCAUCUUAAAGACAAAGAGAUGGAAAAUGUUACUGCAAAGCUCAAAAGUUCUGGUAUCGAUAUUCAGUCCUCUCCGAGAAUACAUUCUUCCCAUGCUUGCCAUCCAGAAUGCUGCCAACUCGAUUGUAAAAGUACUCGACAUUCUUAUAAAUCACUGAUCGCAAUCUAUGAAUUGGAUGAAAAUAAAAUUGAAAUUCGACGUUUAUUCAAAUCAAACUUAUGGAUAAAAUAUGGUCAGUUCACUCGAGAUGAAACAAUUUCUUCUUCUUUAAUUGAGGCUGAUCAUAUCAUCGAUAUUAUCUUCGAUUCUGGAAGAAAAGGUAUUCGAGUAGAUUUGAUUGGAAAGAAAUUCAAAUAUCUUAAAAUGUUUGGUGAUGAAAAUUCUUAUUAUGAUCAAGCACACAAAUAUAUCACUCAUGAUAUUCCUACUCGUCCUUAUUGCUCGAUUAUCAAAAAUUCGAGAAUGGAACUCAGGCAUGAAGCUCCCUCAGUGAACUUGCAACGUGUGGAAUCUAUUUUCCUUGAAGAUCACUUAGGAGGAAUUUUCGAUGGGGACACGAUUCGCGACGAACAGCCUCGUGGACUUGAUUAUUAUAGUCAAUAUAUAAGUACGAGCAGGUUUAUGCAAUUUCAAAGUCGGCUAAAUAAACCUGCCCGACCCUGUGUAUAUCCCCCAAACUAUAAUAGUAUGGAUACUCGUAUUCCUUGCAGUAAACCGUAUUAUUAUUUUCCGUAUCUCGAUUAUCGGUACCUGUAUUCUUGUAACCAAGGACCACCUGAAACUCGUUCAUGUUUCACCCAAAUUUUGAAUCUGGAAAUAUCGCCAAAGUGGUUCAAGAUGGAUGAAGAACAAUGGACAUUGCUAGAUACGGAAGUGACAAUUGUGAACCGAAAAAAAUCUUAUAAACUUUCUAAACAAAAGUUAUCCUCGAUUCCUUAUUUUGUGAAACUAUUUUCAGAUCCUAAUUUGGAUUUGAUCGAAAUAGAACUUGAUCUCGAUGAAAACUCAUUCGAUAAUAUUAUAGAGUUUAUUCUCAACAACCGUCUAUCAAUUUCCAUGGAAAGUGCUUUAGCGAUGUUGGAAACCGCUGAUUACCUUGGAAUGGAUGAACUUAAACAGAAAUAUUAUGAUUUCUAUCAAUCAAAUUUCAGACUCAAACUAACUGAAGAAUAUUUGGACUUUUAUGAGAAACAUAAUUCCUCAGAAUUACUCACUUCAAGAAAGGGAAAUUCGUUCAGAAAAUUUUUCCUCCAAAUUUCUCACACAAGAGCAUUUCUUAAAUUUUCUGUUUCUCUAUUAGAACGCAUAUUGAAGCUGAAUUUAGUUGUUUCUUAUGAGUAUCAAGUAGUUGAAGCUAUUGAUCGAUGGAUUAAAUUCAAUGAAAAAGAUCGAAAUCAAUAUCUUCUUCAACUCAUUAAGCUCGUCAAUUUUUGUCAUUUGAAAGAAAGUGAGAUGGAAAAUGUCGCUCUAAAGCUCAAAAAUUGUGGAUCCAACAUUUAUGCUUUGCAGUUGAAUGCACUUUCUUUUCAUGCCUGUCACCCAAAACUAUGUGGAUCAGAUUGUAAAAGUACUCGACAUUCUUAUAAAUCAUUGAUCGCAAUCUAUGAAUUGGAUGAAAAUACAAUUGAGAUCCAACGUUUAUCAAAGUUAAACCUUUGGGUUAAAUACGAUCAAUUUGAUCGAGAUGAAUCAAUUUCUUCUUCUUUGAUCGAGAUUGAUCACAUUUUCGAUAUAAUCUAUGAUUCAGGAAGAAAAGGUAUUCGAGUUGAUUGGAACACAAAAAAUUCAAAUAUCUUAAAAUGUUUGGUGAUGACAAUUCGUAUUAUGGUCAAGCUCACAAAUAUAUCAUUCAUGAUAUUCCUGCUAAUCCUACUGAUAGGACAGACACUAGGAAUGGACCUGCGAAUUCAAGUGUACCAAGUUUGGAUGCUAUUCAUCUGGACGAUAGUUUAAAGGGGAUUUGCGUUGGUAAAAAAGAUCUUUCCUUUAAGCAACAUAAUGGAUACGCUAUCUUCCUUUAUUAUGAUUCUGAUUCUGCAAUUUAUUUUCUUCCGUCUCUUGAUUACCGGAAAGUUUCUUCUUGUAAGUUACAAGAGCCGACUGAAACCCGCUCAUUGUUGGUCAUCGAUAAAAGUGAGAAAGUUUUGUACCUUUUGGCGAAACGAUUUUUCAUCUUACAUUUUCCGAGAAAAAAUGUUUUUAAAGGUCUUGACUAUUCGUUUCUGAAAAGUUUCAUCGGAAGCGAUUCUCUUGAUCAUAUCGAGCUGAUUAAUCAUAACAAUUCAGUUUUAAUUUGUAACAAGCAAACCAAAACCAUUUAUUCCUAUCUUUCCGAUGCUGAUGAUUGGCAAAUUAUUUCUAAAACUGAAUCUUCCGAAAAGAUGAUCACAAUUGCAUCCAUCAAUUUACCGAUUGGUUCAGUCUGAAUCAUUCAGAAUAAUUACUGAUUGUCUCUUUAAGAAACACUGUUUUAUCAAAGUAAUUUUUUAUUUUCAUCAACUGAAUAAUAAAUUGAAACUAUUAAAAUAUUGAGUUUUGAUAUCUUUGUUUGAUUAUUCCAACAGCUCAAGGCACAGUGUUGAUAAAAUCGAUUGAUGUGUUAAUCAUCAAUUACCGAUUGAUUUAGAAUAAUUACUGAUUGUCCGAAAUAUUGAUGGUCGAUUGUUUGAAACAUAAUUUGCAUAAUAUUUGAUUGUCGUUUUUCAAUUCCAUUUCAUUAAUAAAAUCAUCGAAUACAUUAACAAUUACAAAUCAUUAACUGUGUUCCUUGUGGUAACGAAGAUAAAUUUCUUUAAUUUUCUUUAAUUUUCUUUGAAUAUUAUGACCAAACUGAUUUACAUUCACAUGUUAUUUCACCAGCAAAAGGUUUCGCUACAAUCAAUUUGUCUCCUUCUUUCUCUGUGACAAUUAAUCCUGAAGUUUCUUGAUCGUUUGUCGAUGUUUUUAUUUUUAUCGAUUCAUUUUCCGAAUGAGUUGAUGAACCAAAUUUCAAUUUUAUUUUCAUUUUGUCCAAAUCUUUACC